GGCGCGCGGGGAGUGGCGGCUGUUUCAAGAUGGCGGCGGCGGCCGCCGGUGAGGGUGGAGGUCCUCGCUGGAGUCGUGGCUGUGGCCUUUCUGAUGAAGAAGAGCCAAUGGUACCUGUUACAGGAGUGUCUACAAAAGGAAAUUUAAAAACAAGCUGUUUGCCAAAAUAUCAGACAAGUCAAACUGAACUCAAGGUGCCUGUAGCUGUUACUUCUGUUUCCAUGGAUCCGGAUAGAAGUGUGGGAGAUCUGACAGGGCAGCAGGUCACUAAUGAAGGAGGAAUGAAGAGUGCUUCUUUAAAGGAUUUGUGUCCUGAGGACAAGAGACGCAUUGCAAACUUAAUUAAAGAACUUGCCAGGGUAAGUGAAGAAAAAGAGGUGACAGAAGAACGGCUGAAAGCUGAACAGGAAUCGUUUGAGAAGAAGAUCAGACAGCUAGAAGAACAGAAUGAACUUAUCAUCAAGGAAAGGGAAGCUCUGCAGCAGCAGUACAGAGAAUGCCAAGAACUUUUGAGCCUUUAUCAGAAGUACCUAGCUGAGCAGCAGGAAAAACUAUCACACUCCCUUUCUGAACUCAGUGCUGCCAAGGAAAAGGAGCAGAAGUUAUCCAGUAAGAAGAUCUCAUGCCAGCAGCCAUCUCUUGAGCUAGAUGGCUCCUACCUGGGUGUUGGGGGACCUUGGACUCUUCAUAAGAACUGCAGACCACUAAAGGCUGGAAGCCCAGCCUGUGUUGCAUUGUCUCAGCCUUGCAGGAAUAACCCCCAUUACAGGACUGAAAUCCAUUGCAACCAUCAGGAGUGUCUGAAGGAAUAUCUGAUGGAAAAUGACUUGCACAGAAAGUGUAACAACACUGUGAUUUCCCCAGCCAAGCAGAGGAGCCCUCACCAUGUAAAACAAGCUCAGGAGGUGGACCAGAAAGCAAAUGAAUUUCAGAGCACGUGCCCUCAGCAAGUGAAUCAUGGUUGUGCCUGCAGGCAUGUGGGGAGCUCAGGGAGCAUGGAAGAGAGCCGCUGUGUCAGCCAGGUACUUAGAAAACACUCUGGACCAGUACACAAAACCUGUGAUCAUUCCAGGCACUCUCGAGGUUUUGGGCAGAAUCACAGCACGGACUCGGGGCCUAAGGAAACGGAGCUGGCUAAAAGCUUGCAGGAAGAAAGAAGGCAGAGGCUGCUUCUGCAAAAAAUGGAGCUGGAAAUUGAAAAGGAACGACUCCAACAUUUAUUGACUCAACAAGAAGCAAAACUUCUCCUAAAACAACAGCAACUACACCAAUCCCGUAUGGAUUAUAACAGGAUUAGAGGCCACGUCCCUGGCUCAGAGGAUGUGCCCAUUGCCGAAGCACCCGGAGAACUUGCUCUGAUGAUGAACGGCAGCAGCAUGGGGCUGAGUGUCCCGAUGUUGAAACAUGAAGAGUAUUUACUGAGGACACCUCCAGUGAGCAAGAACUCCAGAACACGAGGGACCAGUCGUGGGAGCAGUUCGGGAAAGAAAAUAGUUGGUUUUGGUGCAAAUGUGGAAGAUGGGAAAACCCUUCUGAUACAGACCAAGAGGGAAGGCACCAAGUCCAGGAAAGGGACAACUUCAGGACCUAGGAAGGAUGCAGGCACAUCUCCUGGGUUGAUGGGCAGCAGCAAAGCGCUUGCAACCACAGGCAUAUCACCGAUCCAGCAUGACACUUCACGGUACGAAGCCUGUCUUCUGGACCUGGUUGAAGCGAUGAGUCCGAUAUCUGCCCCGGGACAGCUCUGCAGAGAACCUGAUGACAGGAACAAAAUGCACACGCCUCGUCAUGCGAGCCACAGGCUGUCAUCAUCGUGGUACCAGAGCCCUGGCAGCUCCAGGAGCAGAGCAGAGGAGAUGGAGGAGAGCCGGCUCCUCGAGGAGAUUUUCUUCAUUUGACACAACUCAUUGGUCUACAGCCAAUUUUUAAAUUAUUUGAGUGACAACUGCUUGUUUUCCCUCUCCUAAAACAUAGCUAAUUAUCAUCCAGUUUCAUUUUGGAUUUAGUAAUCAUGAUGCAAGUAUAUUGUUGGGGUAGGCCAAUCCAAAAGCGUUAGCUUUUUUCUCUAAACCUUUCAUGUGCCAAGUAAUCAAUUUGAAAUAGAAUUUUUUUUAAUCUACAACAUUUUCUAAUAGAUUGAAGUCACAGUUUUGCCAGCCUCAUAUCGGAAGUAUAUUUCAUUAUCGAUUUUUUGGCUCUAAAGCAGUUUGCAAGAACUGCCUAACAUUCAAGAACCAGCAUGUUCGAAGUAGAUUAUUUUCUAAUUAAACAAGUCUGUUUAAAACCUGGCAUAUUAUAAAGGUACAAGCACUUUAUUACUUUUUCACUGAUUUUUAUGAUCUACUUUUUUCUUCAACAUUCUGAUAUUUAACACACUGAGUUUUUAGGGGAUAUAUCGUAAGCUCAACUCUACAGUGUCUGAUAAUGUUAAUAGAUGAUGUUACAGGUUGAUGUACUAGGCACCCGUUUGAAUUAUAUUCCUCUUUAAAUCAGUGCUAUUUGACAGAGUUACGUGCUUGGUAACCUAACCCUGAAAUAGCAGAACAGAGUCAGACAUUGUAGAGGUCCAAAACCUAUUUGAUGUACUUUGCAAGAUGAAAUACAUAGUAGUUGUAGUAUAAGAGCAGUCUUAAGACAUUUUCACUAACUUGCACUAUUUUGAUCCUGUAUCCAGGCUCCAUUGUAAAUAAGACAAAUCAGUAAUUAUUUCCACUAGCGGCUCGCAAAGCACAUUUUCCUGCUGGCUUUAAUUAUUCAUGCUGUAUCUAUUUCAGUUUAUUUAAAUGCAGUUCCAUCUACUGCAUGUACUUGGUUAUUUAAAGAAAUGUGCCGAAUUGGUAAAAAUGACUGCAGAUUACAGGAUUAAUGGUCAUUUUCUCCACAAUGCAGUGUUCAUAUUUUAUUGUAACAGUAGCCACCGGCAUGUGUUCCUAGAAAUAUAGGCUAAAAUACUCAUUUUGCACAGUAAAAUUGCAGCGAGGGAAAGGUAGAAUUGAGUCAGUGCGGGCAAGUUCUAGGCCAUUUGCUCCCAAACUCCACUUUGUGGACCAGUACCGCUUUUCAGAUGGUCUCUUUAGGCAACCCUGCUUAUCUUAAUGGCAGGGAGUUGCUGUGCUGAUCCUUGGGGUAUGGCUGCUGCCUGCCUCCCUCACACUGACUCCUGUGCAAUGUUUGGUGCUCUGCAAGGAGCUCACAAGGCUCAGGAGCAUUGGUGCACCUGCCCCGGCAGCACUGUGCUCUCAUGGCAACAAAACAAAAGGAGGAUGAAGGGGAAGAAGAACCUCAGGUUACUCUGGGCUGCUUCGCUCAGGCCCAGUUCUUAAUCACAAAUUAGGUGAUACUGUUUUUGUGCAUCCCAGAUGAAUCUUAAAAGCUGCUCGGAGGAGUUUAAAGGAGGGAAGCAGCAUUGACGGACCAGAAAAUUACUGCUGCGGAAAGCCCCUGUGUGGUCUGUCCUGCUUUUAGUUACGUAUUACAGUUCUUUGGAAUAUGUCCAUCUGCUGUUGAGUGUCCUGCUCGUUCUACUCCCUGAGCCUGUGAAGGCACGGGUUUGUGCUAAGAGCCCCAAAGAUGUAUUCAGUGCCCUGACCUGAGUUUAGCGAGUGGGGAAAUAAGUUUUCUCAUUCUGCUGGCUGAGUAGUCUGCUGCUUGAAAAGGGCAGGAAAAAGGAGGAGAAAGAAGAGAAAAAUGUACGAAGACCAGCAGGAAAACUGGGGAUAACCAUGCAGAAAUGACUGUCACAUUAAAAUCUUAAAGUUUGGGGGUUCUUUAUGGAGUUUUUUAGUUUUGUUAGUGUUUUUUUUCGUUAAGGUUUGGCAUUUAUAAAGAAACAGUUCUCUGAUUUCAGUCCAAUUGCUUCUCUUCUCUUUUCCAGUUUGACUGAAACUUUAAUUGCCUUUUCUAAUAAGUGCUAACUGACCUUUCGAAACAGCAAAAAAUACUUGUCUAUUUCUUGAAAGGUGCCUUUGUGUACCCAGUCGAGAACACUACGUGGGAGCAUUCUCUUCUUUGGUUCUUUUGUGGGUGCCAAUAUUUAACUACUUUAGGAUUCCUUAUGAUACAUUUUGUCCAUAAGAAUUUGUAGUUCUGAAGGUGAUUUUUGACUUGAAUCUGUAUUUUGGUUGUAGCUCUUUUUGAAAGGACAUUGUCAGGUUUGUGGGCUCUAUGCUUAAGGUGCUGUCCAUCAGACAGAGCAACACAGGAGGCAUAUCUUCAUGAAGCAAAGGUUUGUAGAAUAAAGAUGGUUAAAAUGUCUCAUGGCUGAAGACCUGUAUGCUUUAGUUCUCUAUGAGAUGUGAACAAAGAAACAAAACCUAUUAAUUUCAUAGACCCUGUGGAAAAUCAUUUUUUAUAAUGCUGGCUCUUGCUCUAGUUAUCAGCAGUACAUUAGGAAUAGUGUUUAGCAGUCAGUGCAAGCAAAGAUAUUUUGCCAUGAGGCACUACAAAGUUGAAGUUAUUAAAACAUUUAUAGCCUUAGAAAAAAAAUCAAUGAUUGUCAAAUAGGAAAGGACAAAAUCAGUAGUUGGGACUGGGAGGGGAAUUGUUUUCCAUCUGCUAAAACCGUAGAGGAAAUGCAAAAAUUAAGCUAGCAAAAGCAAUCACUUGACAGUGUCCUUUUAAGUUUAAGCUCCUAUAUUGGGAGCUGCCAAGUUAGUCCAGCCAUGGACUGUUUGUCCAGAGUGUCCCCAGUGAAUAUUCUCCAGCUACACAUCUGGAUGUGUUUUACGUGAGGCUUUGUGGAGUGACGUGACUUUUCUAAGGCUCCCACCCAGGCCUUCAAUUUCUGUCCUUCCUGAGAUGUUCGUACACGCACUUGAUGUCUGUUUGUGUAAUUACUGCUUUUGUGCACCUUGCACACCAUGGACCUGUAGUAAUCACACGUUUUUCAUGUCUAGCCUCUCCUGUCUUGCUGUUGAAUCCCAUCCUGAGUACAUAUUUAUAUAUGUAUGUGAGAUCUUAAUCUAAUAAAUUAUCUGGGAGUUUCAUUUA